UCUCUCUCUCUCUCUCUCUCUCUCUCUCCUCCCUCUCCCUCUCUCCGUUUCUCUCUCUCUCAGUAUGGAAAAGCUCGGCUUGUGCCUCACUUGUCUCUCCGUCGUGUGUGUGGACGUUACUGACUGACACGAGACUGAAACUUUCCUUAGAGGAUUCAGGAUUCAGGACCAGGCCAAGGGGAAGAGUGUGAAGCUCUGAGUGAGGAACUGCAGAACACAUGAAGAACACGUGAGUGAGAAGACCAUCAGCCUAAAGUUGUUCUGGGAGAAGAAAUUGAAAAAAAGAAGUACAGCUGGAAGAGAUCAGAGGUCAUGGGAAGGUCAUUGGGGUUGGAGGUUCCUCUCCUCCUUCUCCUCUUCAUCUCCUUCGUCUCAUCUGUGUCUCCACCUCUGCCCAGAAUCUUCCUCUCCUUCCAAGAGCUCCAGGCGAGUCACUGGUUGGAGUUUUACACGCUCUCGGAGAAGCAGAUGGACUACAGGCUCCUGUACGUGGAUGAGGAUCAGGACCGGAUGUAUGUGGGCUGUAAAGAUCAUCUUCUCUCCAUGGACAUCAACAACAUCAGUCAGGGAACCCUGAAGAUUCACUGGCCUGCGUCCAACUCAAAGAUCGAAGAGUGUCAGAUGGCUGGAAAAGAUCCAACUCAUGGCUGUGGAAACUUCCUGCGAGUGAUUCAGCCCUAUAACAGAACUCAUCUGUUUAUCUGCGGCAGUGGAGCCUACAGCCCGGUGUGUGCCUACGUCAACCGCGGCCGCCGCCCUGAGGAGAAGGUGUUCCAUGUCUCCUCAAAGUCAGAGUCGGGAAAAGGACGCUGCUCUUUUAACCCACGUGUCAACACUGUCUCUGUCAUGCUUAAUCAGGAGCUCUUCUCUGGUGUCUACAUUGACUUCAUGGGGACAGACGCAGCUAUCUUCAGGAGUCUGACCAAUAGGAACGCAGUGAGGACGGACCAACACAACUCCAAAUGGCUCAGUGAGCCGGUGUUUAUCGGCGCUCACCUGAUCCCUGACGGAUCUGAUCCGAACGACAGCAAACUCUAUUUCUUCUUCAGAGAGAGACUCACAGACAACAACGGCAACACCAGGAGCAUCCACAGCAUGGUGGCACGAGUGUGUCCUAACGAUGUGGGUGGGCAGCGUAGUUUGGUGAAUAAAUGGGCGACCUUUCUAAAGGCCCGUAUGGUGUGUUCGGUUGUGGAGGCGGACGGAACUGAAACACACUUUGAUGAGCUCGAGAGUGUGUUUCUGCUCGAGACCGAACAUCCCAAAGGACUACUUAUAUACGGACUCUUCACUUCCACCAGCUCAGUGUUUAAAGGUUCCGCAGUGUGUGUGUACAACAUGGCCGACGUGUUGACGGUGUUUAAUGGACCGUUUGCUCACAGAGACGGACCAAACUUCCAGUGGACAGCAUAUCAAGGACGAAUGCCAUAUCCACGGCCUGGAACUUGUCCCGGAGGAGCGUUCACUCCCCACGUUGGGAGCAGUAAGGAGUUUUCUGAUGAUGUGGUGACGUUUAUGAGGAACCACCCACUGAUGUUCCACUCUGUUUAUCCUCCGCUCCGGAGACCUCUGCUGCUGCGCACACACACUGACUACAGAUACACCGCCAUCGCCGUCGACCAGGUGCACGCUGCUGACGGCCUCUACCACGUCCUGUUCCUCGGCACAGAUAGAGGCACGGUGCAGAAGGUGGUGGUUUUACCCACUAAUCGCUCUCUGGAUGAAGAUCUGAUCCUGGAGGAGUUUGAAUUGUUUAAGAAACCAGCAGCGAUAACCAGCCUGAGGAUCUCCUCUAAAAAGCAACAGCUGUAUGUGAGUUCGUACGGCGUAUCCCAGGUGUCCCUGCACCGUUGUCAUGCCUACGGUUCAGCAUGUGCAGACUGCUGUUUAGCGCGAGACCCGUACUGCGCCUGGGAUGGGCGGAGCUGCUCUCCUUUCUACAAUACAGGAAAGAGGAGGAGCAGGAGGCAGGACAUCAUGCAUGGGAAUCCACUCACACAGUGCAGAGGCUUCAACCUAAAAGCCUACAGGAACGCAGUGGAGAUGUCUCAUUAUGGAGUGAAGAAUAACGCUACAUUCCUCGAAUGUUCCCCCAAAUCACCUCAAGCCUCAGUGCAGUGGCUCAUUCAGAGAGAAAACGACCGCAGGAAAGAGGUGAAGAUGAGUGAUCGUGUGUUAGCGACGGAACACGGUCUCCUGAUCCGCUCGGUUCAUCUCUCUGAUCAGGGCCUGUAUCACUGCAUCGCUACGGAGAACGGUUUCAAGCGGACGCUCACCAAGAUCCGUCUUCAGGUCCUGAGCGAGGCGCUACUGAGCGCGCUUGGCGAUAAGCGCUCGUCGCUAUGGAAACCCAAAGCACUGGCGUCGGCCCUGGGGCCGUCCGAGACACUCGCCAUGCAGCAGUACUGCAAAGAGCGACAGCAGCUGCAGAGCUUUCGGGUGAAUCCACGAGGAGACCUGGAGAAACUCAAACCACUGCUGGAGAACCGCAAGAGCCGCAACCGACGGAACCACAGACACGCAGAGUAGAACCCAGACAAGGGCGGAGCAUAAGUCCAACUCUAACAGCCAAUCACAUCAUGACUCUAUCACUAUUUAUUAGUUAUUUCACUUUUAUAAUAACUCAGCAACAUUUAGCACUUUGCAGCAGUAGUAGUUGCUUGGCUACCUUGGUUCACAGCUAAUAUACGGUAACCAUGAGGACUUCAUCGUGAUUGGACGAUGAGGUUAGACUUGAGCUUCGUCCCUAUCGAGAACUUCGGGUCGGAAAAUAUGGAGGAUUUAUGGGAAACGGGUUUCCAGAAUAAAGCAGAAUUAAAGUGGUUGGAAAUACAUAUGGAUGGAGAGGUGGAGGGAUGGGAGGAUGAAGGGAUAGAGGGAUGUAGAGACGGAAGGGUGAAAUGAUCUUGUGAUGGACAGAUGGAGGGGUGGAGAGAUGGAAGGAUAAAGGUAUAAAGGAUAAAGGGAUGAAGUAAAACUUCAGAGUUGCUUUUGCUUCUAUGAUUCUGUACAGGACAUUUUUACAUUAUGUGCAUGACUUUUUAUUUGACCAGAUGACUGUGACACACACACACACACACACACACACACACACAUAUACACACUCACGCACAAUCUGAUUUGCAUACUGCAACCUGAUAGGCUCAUUAGCAUACUACAACCUGAUUGGUUAUUGUUUUGUGACCAUUUGAACCAGAUUCUUUUAUAUUUAGUGGAACACGCUGAUUUGCAUACUACAACCUGGAUUGCCUUAUUUGCAUACCGGAACCUGAUUGGCUCUUAGAAACUGUGGCACAGCAACACUCUUUGUGCACAAUAGAACUUAAUUGGCUGCCAUAUUUCUUAACACAUGAACAUUUGCAUACUAGAAUCUGGCUUAUUUGCAUUCUUUAUCCUGAUUGGAUGUUACAUUUUGUGACCCAGUAACUCGUGAACUUUUUUUAGCAAGAUUUUCAGGAAAUGUUAAAGGGAAAGAAACAGAAAAAAAAGAGAGAGAGAGAGAGAGAGAGAGAGAGAGAGAGAGAGAGAGAGAGAGAAAGAGCAGCUAAGAUUGAUUGAUUGUUAUUUUGAUUGAUUGAUUAUGUAAAUAUUAUUAUAGUACUGUAUCAGGGCAUUGGUUGAUUCGGAGGGGGUGGAGUUUCUUAAUUAAAAUAACAAAAUUGUGUUAAACUUUGAUUAAAAUUAGCUACUAUAAUUAAAAUCACCACCGUCGUCUUAAAUCAAUGCUCCCUACGUAGGCAGCCUGCCCUCUAGUGGCCGCUUUGCAUUUGCCCAUGUUAGCAAUACAACGCUGCAUAAAAGGGGUGCAGAAUACACUAAAUUCAACCAGCCAAUCACGAGCCUCACCACCACUGCAGUACUUAUGCUGGUUAGACUGCUAGCAAACCGUUUGCUAUUUAUGAAAGCGCUAAAUUCAAUCGGCUAAUUGCAGAAAAUAGAAAACGUGACGUAACAGUGCUAAUGCUAGUACGGUGUCGCUAAUGUUAGCUAGGCUAACAUCACACACACACACACACACACACACACGGGAUAUGAGAAAAAAACUACAAUGUUACAUGAACAAGUGAGUGAUUGGUUGAUUAAAUGACUGAAGCUCUGCCCCUGGUUCCCACAUGCUGUUAUUCCAAAUGAUGUGUGUGUGUGUGUGUGUGUGUGUGUGUGUGUGCGUGCGUGCGUGCGUGCGUGUGCGCGUGUGAUUUAGUCCGCUGAUCCCGUAAUAAUUUCCCGUGUAAGUGAUUUGUACAGAGUUUAUUUAAAGCGCUAUCGAUGUUGUUGUUGAUGUUUUGUAAAGUGUUUAUUAUUUGUUUCGUCUGGACUUAUUGACUUUGUCUUAAUGUCAUGGAGAGAUACGUAAAAUCAAUCCUUUACUUCAUCACACGAUUUGGAGACCAGGGGUUAAAGGUCAAACAGACAGACAGUCAGACAGACAGUUAAAGGAGAGGAUAGACAGAUAGACAGACAGAUAUGUAGACGAAUGGAUGUUUAACAGCUCAUCAAAAAUCCGAGAGAGAGAGAGAGAGAGAGAGAGAGAGAGUGAGAGAGAGAGAGAGAACA